AUGGUGUACUCUGCCUCGCGGCGCGUCAAGCCACGCAAGGAAGACGCGUCGACCUUGGACGCAGUCGUCCUGGAGGCGGUGGUCGCGGAGCUCGACGCGACAGACCGAGCUGCCGCUGGCGCUCUCGGGCGUGCAAGCGAUGCAGUCGGCGCAGCAGACUGGCGCGCGGCAGCGGAGCACAGCGCGGUGGCGCAAGAGCUGGCGUGGAAGGUACUACACACUGGCCAUUGGACCGAGGUUGCGCCGGUGUGGCGUGCGGCCUAUGCAGCGGCGUGCCACUGCGCGGCGGUGGCGUGCACGAGCGUUGACGCCGCCUCCGAGCGCGAGGUGCUGCUCGGCGCUCUGCGCACCGUCGACCUCGGGCUGAUGCUGGGAGACACGCGCUUCCGUGCCGCGCUGCUGCGGCUGGCGCGGCGGCUCGAGACCCUCCUUUCCGCCGCCGGCGGUGGCGGCGGAGAGGGCGCGUCUGGCGAGGGCGUGGUGCCUGCGAGGGCCGCGGCGGUCGCCGGUCCGAGCCGCCUUCCGAGCGGCCGCUCCCUCGAGCCGGCGCGCGAGGCGACCCGCAUCGCUCUCGCCGCGCCGCGGCUGAACCGCCCGUCGCUCGCCUACUUUUUCAACGAGCACAUGAGCCAGUCGCAGCCGGCGCUUCUCGAGGGUGCCACCAGCGGCUUGGCGCUUCUCGAGGGCGCCAUCGACGGUUGGCCUUCGAUGGGCGCUCGCCGCUGGACGCUGCCCUACUUGCGCCGGGCGGCGGGGCACAGGACCGUCCCUGUGGAGCUGGGCGAGCGCUGCCUCUCGCUUGACUGUCAUCAGGCUGUCCCAAGCGAGCACUACCUCUCGCUCGACUUUGACGAGCAGCUCGUCCGGCUCUCCGACUUUGUUGACCAGCUCGAGCGAGCGGAGGAGGGGGGCGGCAGGCGCGCGUACCUCGCGCAGCACGCGCUGUUCGAUCAGGUGCCGCAGCUGCGCGACGACAUCGCCGUGCCCGACUACUGCUCGCUCUCGCUCGAAGAGGAGGACGAGGCGGAGGGGGAGGCCGAGGUGGCGGUGGCGGGCGAGCUUCGGAUCAACGCGUGGCUCGGGCCAAAGGGAACCGUCUCGCCGCUCCACUACGACAGGUACCACAACUUGCUCGCGCAAGUGGUGGGCUCGAAGUACGUCCGCCUCUACUCGCCGCUGCACUCGGAUCGACUCUACCCGCACCCUCCGGGGCUGCACGAGGUGAGCAGCCGCAUCCUCGACCCCGACCAAGCCGACGAGGCCGCUUUCCCGCUCUUUGAUGGCACGCCCUUCAUCGACCUGCUGCUGCGCGAGGGCGAGACCCUCUACAUCCCACCCCGCUGGUGGCACUUUGUCGAGGCGCGCGAGACGAGCUUCUCCGUCAGCUUCUGGUGGAGCUGA